AUGUUGAAAUUUGCGGAAGUUGUUUUGCCAUCUGAAGAGAACAAAACAUCCUUUAAUACUGCUGAAGCUUUGAAAGAGGUAGAAAAACGACUCUAUUUGCUGAAAUCAAAAACUGAUUCAUUGGAGAGAGAAAUAUCAAGCUGUAAGAGCAAUGCCGAAGAAAAUAUACUUAGAUUACAAGAACAACUUGACCAAGAAGUAAAGGCAAGUGACCUUAACUUCAAACUUCUCACAAUGGAGGGGUUGCUGACUGCAUUUGAAAAUAAUACGAUGACAGUUUUAGCUGAUGUCAACGCAGAACUUGAGUCAUGUGAUGAAAAAACAAGAAAGCGCCUUCAAAAGUGGUAUCAUAAAAAACAAAAACGUUUGGAGUCCAUGCUUCUGGAAAAGGAUCAGACUCAGCGAAUAAUUGCAAAUUUAAAACACGUGCAAGCAGAGUUGGAGAAAAACAGGGAUCAGCUAUUAAAUAGACUAAGUCAGGUAGCAGGUGCCAAACUCAAAGAGAACAACCCAAAUAUAACAGACUUGUCAGAUCCAAACAGACCUUUGAAGCUUGCCGAACAGUUUAGUGAGCUCUAUGAUAAAGAAUGGACUAAUGCCUUGGAAGAGUUAGGUGAAGCUAAAAUGGAGGAAACAUCGGCUAUUGGCUUACUUUUAGAGUCAAUAACGAAAUGUUACCAGUUUUGUUUGAGGAAUUCCGAGCAGAGUUUACAAGCGUUUCUUAUGUGUGAUGAUUUGGACUGGAGGAAAGGAUUAGAUGCCGAUGAACAUCAUCUACUAUCUGAAACCAGGAAGACUUUAGCCAAAGUUCACAUUCGACAAAUAAAACAAAGGUUCUUAAAAGAAAAUCCAAAAAAGAAAUUGGAGAAAAACCUUUCCCAUUUUAUUAAAAAGUCUUUGGAAUUAUGCUGGUAUAUGGUCAUCCAAAAUCCUCCUAUUCAUAUGGAAGUAAACUUCCAAACGGGGGCGCCUCUCGUCAAAAGUAUUCUAAAGGAAUACACAAUAAGUGGAGAUACAAUUUCAUUUCUGGUGUGGCCUCCUCUUUACUUACACGAGGAUGGACCUCUUCUUAGCAAAGGUGUUGCUCAACCUAAACCAAAACCAAGGCAUAGGAGGCUAAGACAAUCUGUGGACCGCCCGUCUUCUGCCCCUAGUUAAAAAAUCCGUAUAUACCGGUAUGCAGUAUCCUCUCUAUAUAUUAGUGCCAAUUAAUUUUUUUUACAUACUUGUUUCAAUGUUGAAAAUAAAAUUAGCGAUAUCAUGUGUUUUACUUAAUUUGACAAUACUGUGUGUAAAGAAGGCAAAAGUGUGCUUCUUGACACACACCAAACAUGCU